CUGAAACUACUGAUGAAAAAGGUGAAUUUUUUCAUUGGAUGGCAUAUGAUAAAUUCAAAAAUAUUGAAGAAAUAGGUAAAGGAGCAUUUUCCACUGUUUUUAGAACAAAAUAUUUAAACCAAUCUGGGACAUAUGAAGAAGUAGCAAUCAAGAUCCAGUUUUUAGAAAGUGAUAAGAUUAACAAAAAUUUUACAAUAAUUAAAGAAGAGCUAAAAAAUAUAUACACUAGCAAGCCAUUUAACACUUUGGAAAUUAGUGAAAGGUUAUCAAAACUAAAACUUAGUAAAUCUGCUGGCAUAGAAGUUCCAAAUGAUAUUUAA